UUGUCAUCAGCAACAUAUCGGUGUCACCAUGGCGACAGUUAGCAACGCGUGUGUUUUGAAGUUGCGUUUUCGGCGACGAUCAUGUAACCAUCUUGGACGGGCACUUUCCAAAGGUUCACAUCGCUUUCAACGAUGCGAGCUGUCGCGCUCUGGGUGGACAAAGUCCAUGACCGGGAGAACAACGAGCAAUGGUAAACAUAAUGAUCGAAGUGUCGAACACUGACGCCUUUGUGCCGGCUUCGUAUUGCUGUCCUCUCAGCACACUAGCGUUUUCCUUGUAAUCAAGAACUAAGCUUGAGAAUGCCUUCUGACAGUCGAAGUGAGAAAUCUAUAUAGAACUCGUGAAGUUAAGUGUCCUUGUGUUAUGACUAGCGGAGUUGCUGAAUUGUAGCUCCUGCAAUGCUUGACGAAAACCAGUGACAGUUCGGUGCAGUAAAGUUAUCUACGCAUUCUAACGUACGUGAGACAUAAAAUUCUACCAGGAAAGUCGUGCGUAUUUCUUUUUUUUUUUCACUACGUUUGCUGCUUGCUACAUGGAAAAAAAAAGCAAAGCAACGCAAAUUGUGAGGCACACGUCGAGAACAACGUCCGCCGAGAUCGAGCUCCUCUGGCCCGCAAGGCUUUCCAGGUCGUUACAUGAUGUCGGUGUCGUCAGACAGAUCACUCAAGUCUACAGAAGUUUACAUAAAGACCGUUAGAAAUUUUGAAGAAUUUCCGCCAGGCCUUAUUGCCAGUGUUAUCAAAGUUGAUUGCAACUAUAUUGAUCAUGCGAGCUUCAAAAAGCACUCUAGCUCUCGCACAAGGUCUCGAUUUCUGCAUCUCAACAAGUAUUCUCGUCUGCCUGCGGCGAUCAUUAAAAAUCAUCCGCGCUCACAUAAUUAAGGCGUGAAGGACGCGAGCGUGGAUAUGAGCUUUUAGCUUUUGACACUGUAAAAUGAUGCAUGCAAUUUCAUAUCACAAUAUACUAAUGACAUCAUGAACGAAUGUUUCAUGAGUGCAUUUAUGAUAUCAAUCUAUAGAAACAAGGGAAGGGAAACCAAUGAGAUUAGCUGUGCAUUAGAUUAUUAGCUUGUUUCUGGGUGACAUAAGUUUUUUGCAUCCACCCACUUGGCAGGAAUGUACUGCGCACUACUUGUUUCUGGGUUAUUUGGUUAAUACUUAUCACGGUGUAAUGAGACGCGAAACAAAGCGGCAAUCUUUCCUGUCCCGGUCUUACUUCGCUUUAUUUAUGUCCCGUUACAACGUAAUAAAUACCGUGAUACCAUGUAUUGAGGACAUGUGACUGCAGCUUACUAUGGUAACAAAACUAAUUAUUGCACUUUCGUAAUUUUGCGGAACAAGCAGGCUGCACGGCAGUGGUGCAAUCGAGAUUGUACACUGCUGCAAGUGAAGCAUCUCUCAUGAAGUGAAGAAAUUUUCCACACUUUCUGAGAGUGUUAUCUUGUUGCCGAGUUGAAGACAUUCAACUGGUCCAAUCAUUUGUAACCUGUUAAAAUAAUCAGAGUCCGCGGGAACAAGAAAAGGGAAUGGUCAUGUGAACUAGGCUUUGGACUACCUAUAAGUUAUAAUUUCACUUGGAUGGCGAUGUAAGAAAGGCAGAAUAGAGGCUGGAUGUCUCAGAUUCAAAAUUUGCUUCUGGCUGUUUUGCUGGAUUGAUUGCGGCAGUGCAGGUGUGGAUUGCCGUGCAACCAAGUGGUCCUGUAUUAUAGCAGGGUUCCAUGUAGAAAGCCUGUGCGCUGAGAUGUCAACCUAUGUUAAGAAAAAUUGUUUAAUCUGUGCAGCCUUCCACAGUAAUGGCCCCAGUAAGUCACUCAAUCAAUAAGUUUUUUUUUUCUUUUUUUAAUUUCAGAAAUACACUUGUGAAAGACAGCAUUGGUCUAAGCACAUUACGCUUGUUGAUCAGCCAGGCAGUGGAUGUAACAUUUAAAUAUGUCUCAUCACAUCACUUGCUACAAUAUAUUUUUACAAAUUCAGAACAGUCAUCUGAACGAAAAUUAAGAAGUAAAUGACAUUCCAGGUGUAUACUAUGGCUGCUUACAAAAGCAAAAUUUAUACUUAGGAAUCAAAACCAGUGUUCUGAAAAAAAAAUAAUUAUUUGAUGCCUAUGUAUUGCAGUACAUGAAAGGACCCUUAUACUGCAUUCUACAAUCGCACACUAUUUUCAAAUCUCUUAUGCGUUUUUCUUUUGGAAGUAAUUCCAAACAAGCCAUCGUCAAUUUGAUGAAAAACUGUUGGAGCGUAAUGUUCACGUCUCUUGUUAGUAUAGCAACGAGGUUUAGUGAAGUGCUCUGUUUUAUGUAAUGUUACAUUUAUGGGAACAAAUAUCUUAAGAUCACUAAAGGAAUAACACUGCAUAAGCACAACAAAAUUAAAAAAUUGCAUUCGUUGCUGAACUGCAGGUCAAGGUCCAUCAGGGCAUUAAAAACAACUGAUGAAUGUUUAGAGGAUGCUUGAGAGGAAUAUUAAAUUGUACAUUAGAUACAUUAUUGCAAUAUUUAAGUGCCCUGUCUUAUGCUGAGAGAAGCCUUGAUGAACCAGAAAGGACAAAACGAAAGAAAGAUCAGUGGCCUUGUGUACACGAAUAUAGUGAAUCGUUUGCUGGCAAAGAGGGGCAAUGUCACAUUCUGUAGUAAUCAAAGGCUCAACCUGGCACGCUUUUAAAAUGUCCCUUGCACCAGAAUGGCCAAAAUACAAGUUUCUUGGCCAAAUGUUAAUAAUAGGGUCUUGAAAUUGUCUGUGUAUUCUCACAUUUUCUUUUUGUCCUCAUUUUAUUUCCAUUCAUUAUUAGAGGCUCUUGCUUCUUUCUUGCACAGCAUAUAUGACCUGGUCUUCAAGCCGGAUGGCAGCCAACUCAUAGUCGCGGCUGGCACGCGGGUCCUUGUGUACGACACGUCAGACGGUGCGCUCGUUCAGCCACUGAAAGGUCACAAGGACAGCGUCUACUGCGUCUCUUAUGCCAGAGACGGCAAACGUUUCGCGUCCGGAAGUGCCGACAAGCAGGUCAUCAUCUGGACGGCGAGCCUGGAGGGCAUUCUCAAGUAUUCACACCACGACUCCGUUCAGUGCCUUACUUACAAUCCUCUCACCCACACACUUGUCAGCUGCUCUUGCUCCGAUUUUGGGCUGUGGUCUUCAGAGCAAAAGUCGGUCUCCAAACACCGCACUAGCGGAAGAGUUACCAGUGCAAGCUGGAACCCGGAUGGCCAGUUCUUGGCACUUGGACUCGCGACUGGCAGUGUCACCAUCCGUGGAAGGUCUGGAGAAGAAGUUGUGCGCAUUGACAGACCUGGUGGACCGAAGGCAGCAGUUUGGGGCGUCUGCUGGAACCCUGUGAAGGAGGAAGGUGUUGGAGACGUCCUUGCCGUGGCUGACUGGGCACAGACGCUCAGCUUCUACAAUGUGGCCGGCCAGCAGACUGGCCGCGAGCGAGCCUUGGGCUUUGACCCAACAUUUGUCAGCUACUUCCCCGGUGGCGAGUACCUCGUGGUGGGCGGCUCGUGCCGUGAGGCUCGCGUUUACACUCGAGAUGGCAUCUGCGUAGGACCUGUCUCUCAGCAAGCCUCGUGGGUGUGGUGCUGUCAAGCGCGCCCGGAUGCCAGCCACCUGGCUCUGGGCUGUCAAGAUGGCACAAUCGCCUACUUCGAGCUGGGCUUCUCCACAGUGCACAGCUUGUACCGCGAACGGUAUGCCUACAGAGACAACAUGACAGACGUCAUCAUUCAGCACCUCGUAACCGACGAAAAAGUGCGAAUCAAGUGCCGUGACCUGGUCAAGAAAUUGGCAAUCUACAGGCACCGACUUGCGGUCCAGCUGCCUGAACGAAUCAUGGUGUACGAGCUGAGUACCGAGGCCUCUGACAUUAACGACAUGCACUACAGACUGCGAGACAAGAUCGUCCGCAAGGUGGAGUGCACCCUGCUGGUCGUCUGCUCUGAGCACCUUGUUCUUUGCCAGGAACGGCGGCUGCAGUGUCUGCGUCUCCGUGGUGGUGCCUGUGAACGGGAGUGGGUCCUGUCAUCGGCGAUCCGCUACAUCAGGGCUCUCGGUGGCCCCGUCGGCCGUGAGGGCCUCCUGGUUGGCCUGCGGGACGGGCAGGUGUUGCAGCUGCUAUUGGACAACCCCUUCCCGCUUUUCCUCGUCAAGGUGACAAGCCCAGUGCGUUGCCUCGACCUCAGUGCAGAUCGCACACGCCUCGCAGUUGUGGAUGAGAAAGGCACCUGCCUUGUCUACCAGCUGGCCUCAAGGCAGCUGCUCUUCCAGGAACCCAACGCCAACAGCGUGGCAUGGAACACCGAGAACGCUGAGCUUCUCUGCUUCACUGGCAGUGGCACGCUCGCCGUCAAGGCUGGAGAGUUCCCCGUGCUGAGACAGAAACUGGAGGGCUUUGUGGUUGGCUUUGGGGGCUGCAAGCUCUUCUGCCUCCAGCACAACAGCGUCACCACUGUCGAAGUUCCCCUGUCACCAUGCCUUUACCAGUACAUUGAGAAAAACCGCUUCAGGGAGGCCCUCACCAUUGCCUGCUUGGGGGUGCCCGAGGAGGACUGGCGAUACCUGGCCAAGGAGGCACUGGAAGCCCUCGACCUGGCUGUGGCCAAGCGGGCAGCCGUGCGUCUCGGGGACCCCGCCUUGCUCCGAUUGGUGCGCUCGCUCCAGGAUCAAGAGGCCCGUGGCGAGAAACGAGAAUCCCUGCUCGGAGACGUGAUCGCCCAGCAAGGCCGGUUCGCAGAGGCCGCCAGGCUAUACAAGAAAGCUGGCCGCAACUCCAAGGCUGUGGACAUGUACACGGACCUGCGCAUGUUUGAUCUUGCUCAGGAGUACCUCGGCUCUGAUGAGACCCUGGACACGCGUCAGCUGAUGCUCAAGAAGGCCGAGUGGGCUCGGAGCAUCAACGAUCCCAAGGCAGCUGCAGACUUUUACCUCCUGGCCGGUGAACCUCUGAAAGCAGUUGAGAUUGCAGGAAAACAGGGCUGGACUAACAUACUCGUUGAUCUGUCCCAGAGGCUGGACAAACGCGAGAAGGAGGCUCUUGCCAUGUGUGCUCGGUUGCUGGUGGGCCAGAAGCAGCAUAUGGCCGCUGCCGACGCUUUCCGAAGGAUUGGCGACACCGAAAGCUUGGUGAAGCUCCACGUUGAUGCAGGCCAGUGGGACGAGGCAUUCGCAGCUGUAGGGCAGAAUGCUGAACUUCGUGCCAAGAUUUGUGGUGACUAUGCAAACUGGCUGGCAGAGAAUGACCGUUUCGUUGACGCACAAAAAGCAUUCUAUGAGGCUGGUCGACAGGACGAGGCACUGAACGUACUGGAGCGCCUGACUCAGUAUGCCGUUGACGAGUGCCGAUUUCGUGAUGCUGGCUACUACUACUGGCUACUCUCUAGGCAAAUCCUAGAGUCUGCAAGCAGGGAGAGUGAUGCUGCAAGCAGAGAAGCACUGUUAAACCGUUCAGCCAAGCUUCAGGAUCUAGCUGACGUCUACUACAUUUACCACAAUGUUCACCGCUAUAUUGAAGAACCUUUCACGGCGUACCUGCCUGAAGCACUGUUCAACAUGUCCCGUUAUCUGUUCCACGAGCUCAUGGAUCAGUCAAUACGUGGAGUUUCACUGGUCGGUGUGCUCUACGCGCUGUCAAAGCAGAGCCGUAACCUCGGUGCCCACCGACUUGCCCGACACUGCUACGAACGGCUCCAGAACCUCCACGUGCCCAUCCGGUUCCGGGACACCCUGGACCUCGCUGCACUGACCGUUCGAUCAAAGCCCUUCAGUGAUGCCCAGGACCUGCUACCACUGUGCUAUCGCUGUUCCUCGACCAAUCCACUCAUCAAUCCACGUGGUCGUUGCUGCGUGAACUGUAACCAGCCGUUCGUCCACUCCUUCAUUGCAUUCGAGGUCCUUCCCUUGGUAGAAUUCAAACUGGCUGAGGGUAUCACAGACACUGAAGCACUGGAGAUCCUUGAAGGCAAGGCCAGGGUGACAAAAGAACAGAAGAAAAGCCGGCCAGAGUCACCAAGCCGCCAGAUCAUCAAUGGAUUUGAGACGUUGCAGAUAAACCACAGUGAUGCUGUGGAUGAAGACCCUUUCGCUUUCCAGCUUUCAAACUUGGAGGAACCAGAUGAAGGGGCUGGUGGCCUGCCGGUAAUUCUUGAUCAUGAAGCACUGGCCACGCUGGGACCCCGUGAUGUUGUUGUCUGCCAACAGCCCGCACCUCUGCGCUGCCGCUUCUACCGGAAUGUUGUUCCAGACGUCGUCGUCGUGUCGUGUCCAAGUUGUGCCAAGGUGUUUCACGGUGAUGACUUCGAGAUGCACACCCUCCAGACCAAUGCCUGCCCAUUCUGCAGAACGAAACUCGAGGAUGGCGGUGCCUAAACAGUUUGAAUAGGAGCACUGUUGCUACUGGGCUGGUCUAGUGGACCAGGACCAGUGGACGAGGACCAGUCAAGUUCAUGUGGUGGCUCAGCGUUCAUGGCAUCUUGCUGCUGAGCCCAAGGUCAUGGUUUCUAUUCUCAGUCACCGUGACCACAUUGUGAUGGUGGCAGGAUCCAAAACUGCUUCUGCAUAUAACUGUAGAUGCACAAUUGAAGACGCCCGCCUCAUGGAAAUCAAUCCGGAGCCUAUGAUGUCUAUUGUAGUACCUGUCGCCUUGGGGUGUUAAAACAUGCAAUCACUUGCGUGCUCAGCCAAUCGAUCGAUUUUAUCAAAUAAUCUAUUAACGGAAACUUUUGUUGCCUUUGCUGCUGGCACCUGCAGGUCUUUUCACAUUUGGAUGUAAUGACUAGUUGGCACCAUGUUUGCUGCCAGACUGUCUGGCUAUGCACCGGUAGAACCAAAGAGCCAAGGCGCAAGGCACUCACACACCCGGGCACUAUUUAAAACCGAUGCAGUUCAAAACUGGACUUGUGUACUCGAUUUGCACAAAAAUCUUGAGCCUUAAAGCAACUGAAAAUUUAGAAUUUAACAACAGUGCAGUUCUUUUUGAGUGCAAUAAUUUUUGCAUUUAUCUCCUCCUACUAACAAAGUUAGUGAUCUGCUAAAUGUGUUUCCUAAGAUGAUGUUUAUUUAUUUAUUUAUUUAUUUAUUUAUUUAUUUGUUUAUUUAUGGUAACUGCAACAUCAAAGAUAUCUAACUUAUCUUUGUUAAUAGUGUUAAACUACGUAACAUUUUAUUUCCGAGUGCCUGACAUUUCUUUUGUGAUGGGGCAAAUGCAAAAUGUUCUGGUGAACUAACCUCCUAGGAGGAACGACGAAAAUCACGUAAGAGGAAGCUUUAGCUCGGGCCCAACUCCGACGCGGCCUAUUCAAAUACAUGUAAAAACGCAAAAACGUUUUUCUGAGAUAACCCCUAGACCGAUUUUAAUGAAAUUUGUUGCAUUUGAGAGAGAAAGAUAAAUUCUAGUGACUGUUGGAAGCGGAAUUUUGAUUUAGGGCUUGAAUUUUGUUAAAGAGAUUUACAAAAUUUCAGAAGUUUGAAAAAAAUAGAAGCACGAAGUUUACAAACUAAUAGCUCUGCAUCAAGAACAGAUAUCGCGGUUCUGUAAACGGCAUCCAUUAGAUCAUUCAAAGCGGACAAAUUUCAUAUGUCAUUUUACAUCUUACGUGAGUUUGUUACGUUGUUUACGAGGGUUCUGCAAAAGUUGUAAUUACAUAUUAAUAAAUUUUUUGAGAUUCAUGUAUAAGAUGUCAAAUUUGUCCGCUUUAGAUGUGCUAUUAGGUACAAUCCACAGAAUUGCGAUAUCACCUAUUCUUGCUGAGUUACAGAGUUGUAAACUUGAUAGUUUCGUUUUCUGAAAAUUUGCGAUUUUUGCCAUUUUUUAAUAAAAAAUUGACGACCUAAAUCGAAAAUUCGAAACCAACAGUCACUAGAUUUUAAGUUUUUCUUUUACAUGCAACAAACCCCGUCAAAUUUGGUGCUGUGGUUGCCGAG